GCAUAGCUCACCACUGUCGUCAAAAUUAACAGAAGUUAUUUUUUUUCCUUUCUCCACAUCUCGUAAGACCUUGGUAGGGCGAAAUUUGGAAACUAAAUUGUCAUCAAUAGGCAAAGUAGCCAUAGAAAAUGAUGUCUUUAGGUGUUGGUCUCUACGGUGGGUUCGGGACUACAGCUACAUAAAGUUUUGCUAAAAUACAGUUCAUAGCAGGAUGACUGAGUAUUGGAAAAGCAUUCCAAAGUAUUUUUGCAAGUAUUGUAACAAGUUUGUUACAGAUACAAAACUAGGUCGACGCGAACAUGAAGCUACAUUCAAACAUCAAAAUGCAAUUAAGAAGUUCAUGGAUGAUAUACACCGGCGAAAUCAAAAUGGGAUUGUUAACAACGUAGCAAAAAAGGCUCCGAAAUCAGACUCAACAUUAGCUCCGUACGAACGAAAAGUUGUACGGAAAGAACCCAUAAAGCAAACUGCUAAAAAGAUUCAUACACUCGAUGAUUGGCAAUUGACAACACCUGUAAAUGAAACUGACUCCAUUCCAACACAGAUCAGUGAAGCUGAACAAAAGUCCACAAACUCAGAAUCAUGCUCACAAAAUUCUAAAUCGUUUGAAUUGUCACAGCCAUCGUUGAAACGAAAUCGAGAAAUAGUUCGUGAAACCGAUUUUAAUGAACUGUCCAAAUAUAAAGUUCAAGAAAAGAAAGCACCGGAAAUUGAACAACUCGGUAAAAAUGAGUCAGCAAACGAUUUAGGGAAGCCGGUUUUAUUCAAAAAACGAAAGUCAGCUCGUGAAAAUAUCAAGCGAAAGACAGCCUAGAAUGUUUAAUCUUAUUUGUCAUAUUUCUGUGACUUCAAAUUCUUUUAAUUGUUACGGAGCAUAGAUGUGUAUUUUUUUUGUUAUUUAAGAAACGUCAAAAUUUAUUAUUAUUUCCAGGUAUUCGCUAAUUUGCCGCAUCAACUUUUUGAUAAAACAGAAUGUACGCAGUCGAGAAAUUCUGGUAAAUUCUUUUAAAAUCCGU